UAAGCCACAAUGGAGAGGGAGGCAAAAGACAACGCUUUUUGUCUCAUCCCAAAUCUUUCUCACUCACCCACAUCAUAACUUCAUUAUUCCUAUCCACUCUUUCUUAUAACUCUCAAAACGAUUCCUUAACUUCGAUCUUCAAACCAGCACAGGAUUCGUGGCUUCUUCCGUUUUAGCCAUCCAAGCGAAACCGUGAUCUCCUCUUUUCUUUUUAUGCAGUCGAACAGUUAGGUUCAUAUAUAUUCUUCAAAACCUCUGUUUUUAUAAGAACAUGGUGUGUUUGGUUUCUCGUACCGGUCGUCAAUCCCAAAGAUACAAUAAGGGACGCCGUCUAGUUGUCGGGUGUAUUCCGUACAGAAUCAAGACUUCGAACGAUAGCAAAACUAGUGGCGAAUUUGAAGUUCUUGUUAUCUCAUCUCAGAAAGGUCACGCUCUGAUGUUCCCAAAGGGUGGUUGGGAGCUUGAUGAAUCUAUAGAAGAAGCGGCGUCAAGAGAGUCUCUAGAAGAAGCUGGAGUUGUUGGAAACGUUGAGAGACAACUUGGAAAAUGGGAUUUCUUAAGCAAAAGCAGAGGAACAUUUUACGAAGGAUUAAUGUUCCCAAUGCUUGUAAAAGAAGAGCUUGAGCUUUGGCCUGAACAACAUCUUCGUCAAAGAACGUGGAUGAAAGUAGAUGAAGCAAGAGAAGCUUGUAGAGAUUGGUGGAUGAAGGAAGCUUUAGAUGUUUUGGUCCAGAGGCUUUCUUCACCAUCAAGGAAGCCUAUGGAAGAAAAAGACAAGACCAUUCCAUUGAUCUCUCUAUCUGCUGAAAAACCAAAUCUGAUGUGUUCUUGAUGACUUGAUCACUUCAAUUUGUAGAUAAAAAAAAAACAUCUGACGCCUUUUUCGUGAAGAGUCUACGUGCUAGUACUGCUGAAGAAAUAAGUAUGUACAGAGGCAACGAACAGUUUGUAGAUUUUGGAUGUGUCGAGCAAGACAACGUCAUGUGAACGAUGGGAGGAAGAAGAUAAAAAGCAAAGAGUGCAAACAAAAAACUGUACAAUAAUAAUGUUUCCUCUCUUUGUGUAUCUCUCCCCAUCUUCCUUAUCUGAUUUUGACAAUGAAUCAAUGAUCUAAAUAAAAAUUUAAACGAUAAUAUUCAGAAAACCA